AUGAAGUGGUAUACCUUGCCUCUUGCCGGAUUGGUCGCCGGCACCUACGCAGCAAAGAACUGCUCCGUGGCCCGCUUGACUGACUUUCUCCUCAAAAACUCAACAGUCUACUUUGCCAAAGAAUACCCGGCUCACUACAAUUUCACCCUACCAAUCAGUUUGAAUUAUGGUUUAACCUCCGACACAAUGGGCAUAAGCGCCUACGAGCUUCCUGUCGCUGCAUGUAUUGCCCAAGCUAAUAUCACUCUACUCAAUAACACCCAGCAUAGUGUUGGCUUCGUUUUGCCGGAUUACUGGAACGGUCGUUUCCUCGCCAACGGUAACAGCGAGUUGACUGGCUCAGUUGGCUGGGACUCUAUCAUCUUUGUCUCCUGGUACGGCUUCGCUGUCGUGUCUUCUGAUCUUGGUCACGAAGGAAACAACGGUAGCUUCGGUUAUCACAAUGAGCAGGCUCUCCAGAACUGGGGCCAUCUUGCACUCCAUGACGCCGUUGUGAAUGGAAAGGCUUUGACUGAAGGCUACUACGGGAAGGAGAUCUCUUACUCUUACUACUGCGGCUGCUCAGCUGGUCAAAAGCAAGAAUUCCCUGAUGACUUCAAUGGUGUCAUUGCUGGAGCUCCAGCAUGGUGGACCUCUCACCAACAGCUCUGGAAUAUUCUCACUGCUGUCUGGAACUUACCCGAAACUGCAGACUACCACGUCACCGAUGAUCAGAUGUCCGCCGUUGCCACCGAAAUCCUGAAGCAAUGCGAUCCCCAAGACGGUGUGAAGGAUGGUAUCCUUCAGAAUCCGUUUGACUGCGUCUUCGAUAUCACUUCUUUGGUCUGUAACUAG